UAUAAGCCGACUCAGUUCAUAUGUUGUCCGUCUAUCGUUCGGUAUACAUUUCGUUCGUUACAAUUCGCAAUAGGUUUUGAAAAUGGCUCGUACCAAGCAGACCGCUCGUAAAUCGACUGGAGGUAAAGCUCCGAGAAAACAAUUAGCUACUAAAGCAGCUCGCAAAAGUGCACCGGCUACGGGAGGUGUUAAAAAACCUCAUCGUUACAGACCCGGUACUGUUGCUCUCCGAGAAAUUCGACGUUAUCAGAAGAGUACUGAAUUGUUGAUUAGGAAAUUACCCUUUCAACGUUUAGUUCGAGAAAUCGCUCAAGAUUUCAAAACCGAUUUACGAUUCCAAAGUUCAGCCGUCAUGGCUUUGCAAGAAGCUAGCGAGGCGUAUUUGGUAGGACUCUUCGAAGAUACGAAUUUGUGCGCCAUUCACGCCAAGCGCG